AUGGAUCAUUUCAGAUCUCCAUCACUCUCCGCCAAACCCACUUCUGCGACUUUCCCUCUGACCCAUGGAUCCACACGACCCAAUGAGACCAUCGAACCGCAACCAAGCGAGUCCUCCCGUCAUGAAACCGAGGGACGACCAAGACUAUCUGACUGGCAUCUCGAUGGGGCCAAGUCACAUCACCGACACAAGUCCAGCAAAUCACGCGAACUCCGUUUUCCACGCCCCAUGAGCCAUCUUGCGUCCUCCGCGAGUGCCCGAGGGCUGCUGCCCACCUGGUCUGGAAGAGGAGAAAAGGAUCGAGAGGAAGAUGGAAUGUUACGACCGGUCACACGGGAGACUACACGAUCGCGUUGGGGAUCAGAUUCCACGGGACUAGGCAGUGACAGCCGAAGUCGUAAGGGCAGUAUCCUAGAUCCCCCCGAACAACAACAACUGGGUCCGAUCCGGAGGCAAGAGAUUCAAUCGAUGGAGGACUUGGAGCAAGUGACAAAGCGACGAAAACAGGGUGAACAAUACCUGCGCUCCGCACUCUCCUCCAUUGGAAUCUUGGCGACCGACGUCACCCGACGACUCGACUAUACUUAUUAUAAUCUGCUUGAGAAAAUCACGGCUCUCAACUCGAUCAUUGGGUCUUUCCAGGACCUCUCGGACUCCGCGUCAACCCUCCUUAAUGACUUCGAUCGCGAAACCGCCAGGCUCGACCAGGAGACCCGCAAGCAAAUCAAUGAUCUUCAGGGAUUCCAACCCCAGAUCCAAAAGGCCGACGCGCUGGAGAAGCGAAUGAAGGCGGGACAAAAGCGAGUUCAGGAUCUUGGCAAACGACUCGAGGGUGUUCGAGGCGAGAUUGACCGCUGGGACCAACGUGAGUCGGAAUGGCAGUCCAGAGUCAGCCGUCGAUUGCGAAUCUUUUGGGCCAUGAUCACCGGUGGUUUACUCGUGCUCGUUCUGGCCCUUGUUCUCCAGAAUUGGCCGGCCUUCAAACCCCCACAGUUACUUGAUAUGAGGGAGAAAUUGAAUCAGUCCUCGAUCGGUACCACGCCGUCUGACACCUGGGACGUUCUUGGCUCCGAUGCUUCCUGGUAUCCAACCACUCUGGCGGAUCGUCGACAGAGCUUGGAACAGGCGAACAGCGUGACUGCUGCGAGUUCCAGCUCCGAGGCUGAACCGACCGAUGACCCUCUACGCGUAUUCGAUGAAUUGUAA